UUCCUGGCGCCUGCGCAGCGCGCGCCGCACCGUCACUAAGAUGGAGGUCGGGGGAGCGCGGGUGCCGCCGCCGCCGUUCUGGGCCGGGGGCCCGGCCCCGGGACAAACGUACAUCCCCCGCGGGCCCGAAGCCGCCGCCGGGCUCCUGCCCGUCUCCCGGACGCUGACCCCGAUGGUGACGGGAACCUCGGUGCUGGGGGUGAAGUUCGACGGCGGCGUGAUCAUCGCGGCGGAUACGAUGGGCUCCUUCGGCUCCCUCGCCCGCUUCCGAAACAUCUCCCGGCUGCAGAAGGUGAACGACAGCACCAUGCUGGGAGCCUCCGGGGACUACGCCGACUUCCAGUACCUCAAACAGAUCAUCGACCAGAUGGUAAUCGAUGAGGAGCUGUUGGGAGAUGGGCACAGCUACAGCCCCAAGGCCAUUCAUUCCUGGCUGACAAGGGUCAUGUACAACCGGAGGUCCAAGUUAAACCCUCUCUGGAACAGCGUUGUCAUCGGAGGCUACUAUGGCGGCGAGAGCUUCCUAGGUUACGUGGACAUGCUCGGCGUGGCCUACGAAGCCCCGACGGUCGCCACGGGUUUCGGAGCACACCUUGCUCAGCCAUUGAUGAGAGAAGUCUUGGAGAAGAAAUCUGUCCUGACCAAGGAGGAGGCCCGGGACCUGAUCGAGCGUUGCAUGAAGAUUUUGUAUUACAGAGAUGCUCGAUCAUUCAACAGGUAUGAAAUAGCCAUUGCAACGGAGAAGGGUGUGGAGGUGGAAGGACCCAUCACCCUAGAAGCCAACUGGGACAUCGCACACCUCAUCAGUGGCUUCGAGUGAUCUCUGAGGAGCUGCCCCAGGCUGCUGCGUGUCCACCUCGUCCCCUUUCAGAUGGGAUGCAAACCUCUCCACUCCUCUCAUCUGUCUUGUUUUGGAAAGGAAAUAAACUUGUUAAGCCAA